UGAGCAUGUGACGUCAUAUAUUUCCCCAUCAGUUUUUCCGGUGUACUAUUUCUUCCCAAAAUAUUUACAGAUCUCUCAAAAUUUUAAAGCAAUCAUGACAUCUGUGGAAUCUUCCAUGGAGAUAAGUGUCGUGGGUGAAGAUCAACAAGAGAGAAAGAAGGUGGAAAGUGUGGAGGCAGUGGCAAGCACAAGCAAAACUGAAGUUUAUGAACCUUCGGAAGAAUAUAAAAAACAAAGGGACCCCUGUGUGGAAAAUUUUCAGACAUGGAGUGAAAUGGACCAAGUUGACUUUGUAGAACAUCUACUUUCACUUAUGUGUCACUAUCAGCAUGGUCAAGUCAAUACUUUUCUUAAGCCCAUGUUACAAAGAGAUUUUAUUUCUGCAUUACCAGCUAAAGGUUUGGAUCACAUAGCAGAGACUAUCCUGUCCUACCUUGAUUUUAAAUCACUCUGUUCAGCAGAGUUAGUUUGUAAGGAAUGGUACCGUGUGAUAGCAGAUGGCAUGCUGUGGAAGAAACUAAUAGAGCGCAUGGUACGCACAGAUGCCCUAUGGAAGGGACUGGCAGAGAGGAGGGGCUGGGGACAGUAUUUGUUCAAGCCCAAGCCAGGGGAGCCACCAAAAAAUCACAAAUUCUACAGACAGUUGUACCCACAGAUUAUUGCAGAUAUAGAGAGGAUCGAAAAUAACUGGAGAACUGGUCGACACACACUCCAACGCAUCCACUGCCGUAGUGAAACCAGCAAAGGGGUUUACUGUUUGCAAUAUGACGAUCAAAAAAUAAUUAGUGGUUUGCGAGAUAAUACGAUAAAGAUAUGGGACAGAAAUACAUUAGAGUGUACUCAAGUAUUGACAGCACACACAGGUUCAGUCCUAUGUCUUCAGUAUGAUGAAAGAAUCAUCAUCUCUGGCUCUAGUGAUUCCACUGUCAGGGUCUGGGACAUUAAAACAGCAGAAAUGACAAACACACUAAUUCACCAUUGUGAGGCUGUGCUCCAUUUACGGUUUGCAGAUGGAAUAAUGGUGACAUGCUCAAAGGAUCGUUCCAUUGCUGUGUGGGACAUGCAGUCUCCAUCAGAAAUUAAUUUGAGAAGAGUGUUGGUGGGUCACAGAGCUGCAGUCAAUGUUGUAGACUUUGAUGACAAAUACAUUGUUUCUGCAUCUGGUGACAGAACAAUUAAGGUCUGGAAUACGUCCACAUGUGAAUUUGUCCGCACAUUGAAUGGCCACAAGAGAGGCAUAGCAUGUCUGCAAUACAGAGACAGGCUUGUAGUCAGUGGGAGUUCAGAUAAUACUAUUAGGCUGUGGGACAUAGAAUGUGGUGCUUGCCUUAGAGUUCUUGAGGGUCAUGAAGAACUAGUCAGAUGUAUCAGAUUUGACAAUAAAAGGAUAGUCAGUGGAGCCUAUGAUGGAAAAAUCAAGGUCUGGGACCUUGCAGCAGCACUAGAUCCAAGGGCACCAGCUGGAACAUUGUGUUUAAGAACAUUAGUUCAGGAACAUUCAGGCCGAGUAUUUAGACUUCAGUUUGACGAGUUCCAAAUUGUUAGCAGCUCACAUGAUGACACUAUACUUAUUUGGGACUUCCUAAAUGUACCAGUGUCAGAAACCUCAAGCCGAUCUCCUUCAAGGUCUUACACUUAUGUGUCAAAGUGAAGUUGAAGAAAUGAUAAAGAAAUCUUCGAUUUGAAGAAAGAAACAAAUGUGGAAAGAUUUGUGUUGUGUGAGUGUACCGUAUAAUUAACACAGUGGAGGUGUCAAACAUUAAACAUAUUGUUUACAUUUCAUAUGUCAUACCUGGAAAAAACUCUGAUCAUUCCCAUUGCUCUUGUGAAGAUAGAUUCAGAAAGAUGGAUUCAGGAAAACCAACAAAACUGAUGUUGUCCCCUGGAUGUUGCAUUGGUUGUAUAGCAUGGCUUUUCAUCGUUGUCAUCAUUCACUUCUCAUCAAUGUUUGCCCAUGUAUUAUACUGCAUCAGAUGUAUAUAAAAACAAUUUUGUCCAGUAGCUGAUAAUGAGAUAAACAAACAAAGGACAAACUUUGGCCAAUAGUUUAUUGGUAAAGGUAUCAGUGAGCUUUUGUAAUGUUCCAACAGUUAAACAUAUAGAGAAUGUGCUUGUAUAUUGAGGCCAUUACUAUAUUCUGUCCAAUUCCGAAUGUGUGUUAGACUGGGAAAUCUCGGGAUGCA